AUGCGCCCCGCCCUCCGCCUCCUCAUGGCGACGCCCGCCACGAUGGGCUCGAAAUCCAGCCUCAGCGAAUCGCUCGCCCUGCUUCCGCCGCUGCAACUCUACCGGCGCAUUCUGCGCGUGCAUCGCAAGAAACUGGAGCCCGAGAUGCGGCUGCUGGGGGAUGGGUACGUGAAGAGCGAGUUCAGGGCUCAUAAGAAUGUCGAGAAUCCGUUGCAUAUUAUUGGCUUCCUCACGGAAUGGCAAUUAUACGCGCAAAAGCUCGAGGGAGAUACCUGGGUGGGGGAUAAACUGGACAAGGCGAAAUUGGAUAAAAUGAGCGAUCAACAACUCGGCCAGCUGUAUGAGCUGAUGCAGGCGAUUCGGAGUCGGGAUGGUGAGGAGAAUGAAUAG